CAUUACAACAGAUUAGUGUCUCUGUCUGCUAGUGGAUCCCCUUACCUCUCACCUCAUGCCUACCACUCUCCCCUCCACAUCCCUCUCUGUAGAGAACUGGAGCCACCUCAACGCCACCCUUGCUCUUGCUCUCGUGGGCUUACUUAGCCCCGAUCUCGCCUCCCUCUUUGAUUCUAUCGUCCUCGACAGUCCUUCUUGCACCGCUCGCACCCUCUGGCUCAAAUUGGAGGCCGAUCACGGCACUCGCUCUUCAUACGAUCUGUGGAAGUCGACAAGGCCUAUCCGAAGGGACUCUUUGACUGGUUUGACCGGCUUUGCUUCUUUCAAAAAAAGUCUCAGAACUGCCGAUGGUGCUGAUGCUGUCAUCAACGACAUGCCCACCUCCACCAACGUCGACGUCGAGGGCUCCGAUGCAAAGGUUAUGCACGCCCAGUUGACCCCGGUGUACUUUCCUGGCCCCCCCAUCGGCACCCCCCACCCCAACUACCCCUUUCACAUCUCUCUCGAGAAACCCCCUCUCGACAUCUUCUCCCAUGCCCACAUCCACACCUCUGACGAUAUCGAGCUCGGCCUCCAGACUUACAACCGCAUCGCUCCCCCUAUCAGCACCAACACCAGCGCCAAGGGCGAGUCGGUCAAGGCACGAGCGAGGACGUUGUGGAUGUGAGGAGAAGGAGAAUAAUUGACCCC